AUGAUAGCUGUUAUAUUAAACCUUGCUAUAUUAACAUUUUUACAAUAUAAUACUAAUUACCAACAACCUGUCAUAUCAUACAAGUUUGCAACCACAUCUGGCAUAAAUUAUUAUCACAACCUGGUUAAUACAAACAAUGUAUACCAAAAUAUUAAGCAACAAAAUGGACCCCGUUUUAAAAGAAUUUUAAGAAGCGUACUGCAAGAAUCGGACAUCUUUAUACGUAAUCCCUCUCUCCAAAUGGAAGAUUAUUUAGGGGAAAUUAGUCCUGAAGUACUUGCAUUAUAUCCAUUAUUGCCAAAUUAUGAUCAUGAUUAUGAUGAUGAUACCUCCCCUCUUAUUAUUGUUAAUGAUUUGAAUAAUCAAGAAAACGUACCACAAAACCAGAAUAAUUACGAGAAUAUCUUAAUAGAUUUUUUAAUUGAUGCCGCUCAGAAUGCGCCUGAUGGUACUAAUACUAAUACAACAAAUGCAGAAACAAACUCAGACGAACCGAAUAAUUCAAGUUCAUCAUCUAUUUCUCCAGAGGAUCGUAUUAUAUUGGAUCGUUUAAAUUUAAUUUAUCGUAUGGAUGCACUUUGGGAAACGUCUGUUAAUAACAUGUUCGCGCAAUUUAAUGAACUUGCAGACUCACUUCAACUAAUCCAAGAAUCAAGACUUGUUAUAUGGAAUGAAACUUGGAGACCACAUUUAGAGUCUUUGCUUAACACAAUUGUGACUCUCUUUGAAAAUUAUAAUAUAAGUACAUCUGAAAUUGAAGAUCAAGUUAUAAGCAUCGCUGAGCAGGCAAAACUUGAUUUUCAAGUCUUUUUAACUUCAACUAGAGAUGCAGUUUUGCAAGCUUUGGGUACUAAUAUACCAAAUUAA